UUUCCGUAAAGCUUUUUUUUUUUUGUCCUCCCAUUUUUCCCUUUUCUUGUGAAGUUGUCCAGUUUUUUUCGUAGUGUGCAAAUUCCUUUGAGUUAUUUAUCUUUUUGGGAACCAAAUAAACGGUGGAGGCUUUUGCGCCAUUGCUGGAAGUUCCCCGGAUGAAACGAGCCCAAACCCGGCAGCGCCAUGUCUGCAGAGCUGGACCUCUCCCCCCCUGAAGUACCUGAGCCCACCUUGCUGGAAAGCAUCCUGCGCUACGGGCUCUUCCUGGGAGCCAUCUUCCAGCUGAUCUGCAUCCUGGCGGUCAUAUUCCCAUCAUCCAAGGGUCCUGAGCAGGAGGAAACGGAGGCAGCGGAAAGCAAAACUGGUGAACAGAUGAAGAAACCAAAAGGACCCGCGCCUCAGAUUCGACAGAAGCAAAAGAAAGAGAGCAAAAAGAAGAGAUAGAUGUGUCCUGUCCUGUUUUUUUUUUUGUAUUUGUGUUUUGUCAUUAGAAACUUUAGUCACUGUUAUAGGACUCUGAUAUCAUAUCACAACACUACAUCUUAGACAUUUCAGAAUGACCCUCAGCUUGAUCCGGUUUACACUCCGCACACUCGUGCUAAAUGGCAUUUUGUCUGCUGAUUGUUAACGCAGAUAAAUAGUAUUUUGGAGUGUUUGCUUUUCAUUUAUAUGCUUUUAUUAUUCUAUACAUGUGUGGAUUAAAACAAAUAAAAAAAAUCAAACACC